AUACACAUUUGAGUUUUUCAAUACUUGAAUUAAAUUUGUUGUUUGAAAUCAAAUAAAACGCUUGCCAUGGCGGACAAGAAAGACUACAAUCCCUAUGAUAACCGUGUUGUGGAAGCUCCAAUCACGAACAUGGGCGCAUUUGUGUCGCUGCUGAAGGGCGUGAUAGGAACAGGAAUCUUGGCACUGCCCAUGGCCUUUGCCUAUACGGGUUGGAUGUGCGGCGCCAUUCUGCUGACUCUAACGACAAUAAUGCUGAUCCACGGCAUCACGCUGCUUAUCAUGUGCAUGGUGGAGUCUGCGCGGCGGCAGCAGCAGGGCUACUGCAACUUCUCGGACACCAUGGUGUUUGCCUUCAACGAGGGACCCAAGUGGUGCAAGUACUUGGCCAAGGCCACCGGCUACCUGGUGGACGGUGUGCUCAGCCUCUCCCACUAUGGCAUCUGCGUUGUCUAUCUCGUCUUUGUGGCUGUCAACAUGAAGCAGUUGGUGGAGCACUAUGUCAAGGCCAUGGAUCUGCGCAUUUACAUUGCGAUCGUGGGGCUGUGCUCCAUUCCAUUCUUUCUAGUUCGGCAUCUGAAGUACUUGGUGCCCUUCAAUAUGGUGGCCAAUAUCGCGAUGUAUUUGGGCUUCUUUCUGAUCUUUUACUACCUGUUUCAGGACUUGCCACCCUUGUCCGAUCGCCCGAUGUUCAAUGAGCCCUCCAAGUAUCCACUCUUCUUUGGCAUUGUCCUAUUUUCUGUGAGCUCUGUGGGAGUGAUGCUCGCCGUUGAGUCGGAAAUGUCCCAUCCGGAGCAAUACAUUGGCUGGUUCGGUGUCCUCAAUCUGUCCGCCGUUGUGGUUGUCAUCUCCUAUCUGUUUUUCUCCAUCAUGGCCUACUGGCGAUAUGGGCCACACGUGCACGGCAGCGUAACCCUCGAUCUGCCCACCGAUGAAGUAAUCUCGCAGCUGUCCAAGGCGUUCAUCAGCCUGGCCUUGUUCCUGUCGUUUCCCCUGUCCGGCUAUGUCACCAUUGACAUCGUCUUCAACCACUACAUGAACCACGGCAAUCGCCUAAGGAAUCCGCACUUUGUCGAGUACAUUGUUCGGGUGUUCUUUGUCGUACUGAGCACCGUCAAUGCGGUGGCCUUCCCCAAUCUGGGCCCUCUGGUGGCCUUCGUCGGCGCCCUUACCAUAUCGCUGCUCAAUCUGGUAUUUCCCGCCUGCAUUGAUCUGUGCCUCAACUACCAUGAACCCUACACCUACGGCAAGCUGCGGUGGAAGCUUGUCAAGAAUAUUCUGCUGAUCAUCAUUGGCGUGGUCAUACUCGGCUACUGCUGUACCCUAUCCGUCCUGGACAUGAUCGAAGAAUAUGGCGGCGGUGGCAGAAAGACGUCCAGCUUGGAAAAGUUGCCCCUGGGAGUCUUGACGGACAUUGAAAUGACAUCAAAUUAG